GAGGGGAUGUGAACUAUCUUGACAGAGAAGCGCAGCCUCUUUGGUCGUUUCAGCCGAGCCUCCCUCACUGUCCCCGGUCAGAGAGCACACGGGAGUCACGGAGAGCGGUGGUGGACCAUCAGACAACAGGAUGUCAACGUAUAAAAGAGCCACGCUGGACGAAGAGGAUCUGGUGGACUCCACCGGUGACGACAUCUACCCAUCAUCACCCAUGCAGGUGACUCUCCUGCACGGCCGCGGUCCCACAUGUUGGCCCGACAGGACGCAGAGAGAGAAGAAGCUGCUGGUUUUAGUGUGUGUCGUGUCUGUGGGCCUGUUCAUAUCCCUCAUCACCACUGGGGUCUUCUACAAACAGACUCACCCGGGCCUAUGUGUAACAGAGCCGUGCAUCACUGUGGCCAGUACGGUCAUCGGAGCCCUGGACCGAUCCGUAGACCCCUGCCACGACUUCUACGACUUUGCCUGUGGGGGCUGGAUGAAGAACAACCCGCUCCCUGAGGGCAAGUCCCGCUGGGGUCCUUUCAGCAACCUCUGGGAGCACAACAUGCUCGUAAUGAAGCAUUUAUUAGAGAACACAACGAUGAAAGGUCUGAGUAAGGCAGAGGAAAAGGCCCAGAGAUAUUAUCACGCCUGCAUGAACGAGGCCAAGAUUGAAGAUUUGGGAGCCAAGCCACUUCAGGAGCUCAUCACACAGAUAGGAGGAUGGGCCCUGACCGAACCCUGGGACAAGGACAACUUCCAGGAAGUUUUGCGUAUGGUGUCGGCCAACUUUCGCACUUCGCCUUUCUUCACAGUGUUUGUCAGCACCGACUCAAAAAACUCCAGCAGUAACAUCAUCCAGGUGGAUCAGUCCAGCCUGGGGCUACCUUCGCGGGAUUACUACCUCAACAAAACAGCAAAUGAAAAGUAUCUGACUGCAUACCUCACCUUCCUGACGGAGUUGGGGGUUCUCCUGGGAGGCUCCGAGGAGAAGUCUCGGACGCUGAUGGAGGAGAUCGUGGAUUUUGAAACCACCCUGGCCAACAUCACAGUCCCUCAGGAGGAGAGGAGGGACGAGGAGCUCAUCUACCACAAGAUGGAGGCCAAAGAUCUGACAACGCUGGUUCCUGCAGUGGACUGGGUGCCGUACCUCACAGAAGUGUUUUCUCCUGUGCCGCUCAACGAGUCCGAGCCGGUGGUUGUUUAUGCCAAAGAAUACCUCCAGCAAGUGUCUGAGCUCAUAACCAAAACAAACAAAAGCCUUCUCAACAACUACAUGAUAAUGAAGGUGGUGAGGAAGAUGGUGUCCAUUCUGGACGAGAGGUUCCAGGAUGCCGAGCAGCGCUUCCUCGAGGUCAUGUACGGAACCAAAAAGAGCUGCACUCCCCGCUGGAAGCUGUGCGUCAGCGACACAGACAGCGCCUUGGGCUUCGCUCUUGGAGCCAUGUUUGUCAAAGCCACCUUUGCCGAGGACAGCAAGGCCAUUGCUGAGGACAUGGUCGCUGAGAUUAAACAGGCGUUUGAGGAAGGCCUGAAGUAUGUGAGCUGGAUGGACUCGGAUACAAAGAAAGCAGCAAAAGAAAAGGCAGAUGCGAUAUACAACAUGGUCGGAUAUCCAGAGUUCAUCAUGAACGCCUCAAAGCUGGACAAAGUGUUCAAUGAUUUUGAGGUGGUGUCAGAGCUUUACUUCCAAAAUGUCAUGCAGUACUACAACUUCUCAGCCAGAGUGACAGCGGAUCAGCUGAGGAAAACUCCCAACAGAAACCAGUGGAGCAUGACGCCUCCGACCGUGAACGCAUAUUACAACCCGACCAAGAAUGAGAUGGUUCUGCCUGCGGGGAUUCUUCAGGCUCCGUUUUACAGUCGAUCGUGGCCUAAAGCCCUUAACUUUGGUGGAAUUGGAGUCGUCAUGGGACAUGAACUGACUCAUGCUUUUGAUGACCAAGGGAGGGAAUAUGACAAGGACGGAAACCUGCGUCCGUGGUGGAAGAACUCCUCUGUGGAGGCAUUCAAGAAGCAGACUCAGUGCAUGGUGGAGCAGUACGGAAAUUACAGCAUCAACAAGGAGCCUCUGAAUGGGAGACACACCCUCGGAGAAAACAUCGCUGACAACGGUGGACUCAAGGCCGCCUACAAGGCUUAUGUGAACUGGGUCGAAAAGAACGGCGAGGAGGCCGCGCUGCCUGCCCUGGGACUGACCAACCAUCAGCUGUUUUUUGUAGGAUUUGCACAGGUUUGGUGCUCUGUCAGGACACCGGAGAGCUCACACGAAGGCGUCAUCACAGAUCCUCACAGUCCAUCAAGAUUCAGAGUCAUCGGCAGCAUCUCCAAUUCACACGAAUUCUCAAAGCACUUUGGCUGCAAAGCAGAUGCUCCCAUGAACCCGAAACACAAGUGUGAGCUCUGGUGAUGCCUCAGCGCUGUUUAUCAGCAAGGAGUCAAAUGGACGUUUUGGGAGAACCGAUUGACAAAGUCUCUACGGACGGGGAACGCAAGAACCACUGAAACUCCCGCUGCCUUGCCACUUAAUGCUUAUCGGGCUCCUCAUCAGGACAUGAUGUGCCCGCUCUGAAUGGAGGAUCACAAUCUGCAGUGCUUCUCCACAAGAACUGUCAGCUUUCCCCGACUUCUGAAGCUAAAUGUUGCCAUAAAUGCGCUUUUUGAACACUGGAAACCCAACAGGCGGUUACUGAAAAUGGGGGAACCACUCAGAUUUUAUGAGCUGAUUGUCACAUAUAGUGACGAAUAAGCAAAGUGAGGUUUCUUUUUUCUGAACCUCUUCACUGUGCUGAUGAUCUGUUCCAGUUUACUUUUAUAGUGUUUUAUUUAUGGUCACAAAUUUUUCUAUGACAGUGAACCAGGGACCUGCCAGAUGUUGAAAAUGAAAAUGUAGUUCAUGUGGACAGUUUUAUUAAGAUUUGGUUUAUAAAAUAUGUUUUAAUGCCACAGAAACUAUUUUUCUUUGAACCAUUGCAAAGAAAAACUCUACAAACUGUUACAUUUUUUAGAGAUAUCAAGGUGAUAUUUGGUUUUUAACUUCUGUAAUGGAAGACCAAUGCAAAUCUGAAACAGAAUGAAGGAAUUCACAGCAAUAAAUUAAAAUAAAUCAACUAUUUUUUUCAUGCAGAGUUUUGUCAUAUGGGCUGAGCUAUGAUGUGCCAUACCUGUUUUUAUGAGAGUUUGUCACAAAUUAUUUUGUAUAGUAAAACCAAUCAUAAAACA